UUUCCAGAGGCUUCUUAAAAGCAGUUGCAGCUGCAGUCUCAUCGUCAUUCGAGUAACAACGACUGGAGGAUCAACUUUGGAGGAAGCGCUUUGUUCUUCUUUUUUCAGCAUUUGGAAACAAGACAAUAUAUCUGAUAGCUUUUUAGCUGUUCCUCUACACUUGCGCCUUGUGAAAACAAACGUUUAAGUGUUUUCUACAUACUAGCCGUUUCUGUCGACGUUUUUAUAAAGAGACCAACCAGCUACAUUUAAACUGCCUUCGGCAGAAAAACUGAGAGAUGGCUACACAGGUUGACUCGCACUCUGAUAUGGCACAUGCUCGCCAGAGCGACGGCAUCAAUGUGAUCUUCGACCAGAAGAGCCCAGGUUCUUCAACAUCUCGAUCUCGCUCACGAUCCGUUAGCAGCUCUGCCAGCAGCCGUUCCACUGGUUCUGACUACAGAGGGCGUAAAAGCCGCCGCGGUCGUAACAGGUCUUCAUCCUCCUCAUCUUCGUCUUCUUGCGGGAGCCGGUCAUCCUCUAGCUCCAGGUCCCGUUCCAGGUCCCGAUCCUAUCCGCGAUGCCACCGACAUUCUUCUCGCUGUAGAUGUGAUAACCAUCGCAAUUAUGGCGGCGACCGCUACCGCCGGUCCCCACCCAGGCGCUACACAGCACACUCCCGCUCUUUCAGCCGGUCCCCACCCUGCCGCUACAGGGGACGUUCUCGCUCUUACAGCCGAUCCCCACCACGCCACUACAGGGCUCAUUCCCGUUCCUACACACGCUCCCCGGUAUCAGACAGAUAUUCCCGUCAUCGCAGAAGCUAUCGGUCCAGGUCCCGUUCUUGGUCGCCAGCACGCUGGAGUAGAUACAGAAGACCUACAAGUCAGCUGAGAUGCAGAUUCUCUCGAUCUCCUUCCAUGACCUACAGGGGGCGAUCGCGAUCCAGGUCAUCUGGACGUUCUGUCAGUUUAAGCCUACGUGACAAAAGGGAACUCCUUGAAGUUGCCAAGGCCAAUGCUAUGCGAAUGCUUGGAGUGGAGAAGCUGGACCUUCCUGAAAGUGUGAAGCCUAUCCUGUCAGAGCAGCCAGCAGCCAGACGUUCUUCACCAGAGCCUGUUACAGGGGUGAGGCAUGGCUCCCAAAAGACUCAUUUAGAGAUAACAUGACAGUGGUCUCCUUCACUCAUCGGCACCUGGGAUUAAAAGGCUGUCAUGUGACAUGGGUGACAACCAUUUGUUUGCGUUGACAUGUUCUCUGACUUUAGAUGUUGCAGUAUGUUUAAUAUAUGGAAUAAGCACAAACCGUUAACAUAGCAAUUCACUCUAGAUUAUAUGCUAAUUGCACAAACAUGUAAAUAAUUUAGUUAGGUGUUAGUUCUGUGCCAUUACAAUGUAUUUAUGCUUUCAGAUGAAAUGGGUUAUUGUUACUUAGCAGAAUCUGCCACUCGCUGAAGGAGCACAGGCGUGUGGACUGCAUUAUAAUGACUAUUCCAGUCAAGACAACCCUUCUCCAUAUCCUAAAGAUAAGUUGGUACACAAGAUGUGUGCUGGGGAACUUGCGUCUUGAUCACUGUUCCAUCACUCUUCCAGUUUAAACAAACUAAACUUUUUUUAUUUUUUAUUAUUUUAUACAGCUUCAAGGUCUGUCCUUUAGAUAAAAUUUAAGUAAUGAAGGGCUGCAUGAAAGCUGUACUUUGAAAGUGCCAUAUAUUAAGUAUAAUUGUUUAACUAGAUCUUGAAGUCCAUCAGUUUGAACUUCAGGUUGUAGUGCAGUUUCUUGCUCAUGAGUAACUUGUAAUCUGUUUCUCUCCUUGAAUUAGGACGAGGCAGAGCCUGGUGUCUC